GCCGUUUUUAUAAACGGGCUCCCCGCACCCUGCUUGUGCGCGCUCCCUGGGAGUGUGCAGCACCGCGAUCUGGUGCCCGCUGGACACAGUGAUACACAGAUCGUUGGACGGGACCUCUGUACGAGGUCCCGAUCAUGGGUAUCUCCACCUAUCUCGGGGUGUUCCCCUGCUCCUGUAGACAAUUGGUACAAAAAUGAAAGCUCAACUCCAGCCAAAACUUCUGACAUCAUUGCUUACUACGUGUGAAAUCUGUAAAUGAUCACAGAGAUCAUAUGGUAUAGGGCUAUUCACAACAGCCUUGUACCA